AUGAACCCAGACGCUACCCUGGAACUUGUCGAAUCUAUUGCAACUAUCACCUGCAAGCUCUGCAAAUCUGAAAAAGACAUGGAUAAAGCCGUAGACCAGGAAGUCAAGAAACACAUUGCCAAGCUCAAAAAGCAAGCAAGAAUUCAGGCAAGGCUGAAUGCCGUAAAAGCACAAGAAGAAGCAGCCAAGAAGCAGCCAGUGGAGGCAGUGGAGGAGGCGACUAGGAUUCAAGAAGAAAGACGCAACAUCUCCUCUGGCACGCAAAGAUUGUCGGGAUCUAGGCGACAAACCAAGGAGAAAAGGCAAAAAGAGUUGGCUGAUAAGGAAAAGGCUUUGUGA